UGUCGGGUCUGCAAAUGUCAUAUCUGCAAGUGUCGUAUGACCAAAUUUAUGAAGUAAAAACUGACGUGUCCACCAGGGAUUCUGCCGUCCCGUUUCUCGUAACUCGGGAAUUCCCGACGUUUUUUGGGUCGGGAUCCCGAUUUCCCGAGAUUUGGAAUUUUGGUUAUUUGUCGGGAUCACUGAUGUCUACACGUAGAGGGGUAUUGUUAAUAAAUUUCAUACAUAUGAAUUUAUUAAUCUAUGUAUUUUUAUUAAUCAUUUCCAAAGCUAUGAAGCUUGCAAUGAAGCUACCCCUUAAUAAAACACUUAAAUAUCCCCCCCCCCCCAUUUUUUCUUUUCUAUCUUUAUUUUUAAAAAAUUAUUUUAUUUCCGAAUCUAGCUACUUAUAUUUCCUUUAG